AUGCAGCAGAACGACGUAAAGCCCCCCCAUGACUAUCCAAUCUACCCUAAACCGACACCUUCGCGAUACUCACCUCCACCCUCUCCUCGCAACUUACCUCCAUUCUUAGAGGACUCGAGGAUGAACAACUCUCACCGAGGGUUACCAUUACCUGCUGGUCUCCCUGGUGCUCUCACUCUUCCCCCUCCAGAUCGAGGUCAUUCGACUGCUCCUCCACUCGGCCACCUCCCGGCUCCGCCUUCUCAGUGGGCUGGUCAGGAUGAGUCGAUGCGAAGCUGGCUUCAUGCAAAGGCCGAGGAAGAUCGCCGGAAGCAAGAGGAGGAGAAGACCCGGCAGGAAGGUCUGCGACUCGACCAAAGACGCAUUGAGCAGGAUAUGCUGCGGGAAUCACUCCAAGGAGGUAUUCCCCCUCCGAUGGUCCCUCUGAUCUUUGCGGGAAUUGGGGGAGGGAACCUCCCUGCUCACACUUUGGAGUGGGCGCAACAGUAUCUGGCGAGCUUGACGAUCCAGAACCAGCAACAACAGCAACAGAUACAAGCCCAGCAGCAGCAAAUUCAUCAGCAGCAACUACAGCAGCAGCAGCAGCAGCAGAUGUCGCCCGAUAUUCAUCGAGAUCGUAUUAUCCAGUCAAAUCCCUACGCAGGGCACCAGCCUGUACAAGCACCUCCACCGCUUCCACCAGCACCUGCAAGCAUACAGCCAAGCCAGGGUCGCAGUUCUAUAUCUGGGCCAUCAACGGCCGCUCCGACCACACUCUCACGUCUCAACACCACCGAUUUCAUCCCUGUUUCGAUACCAGGUCAGACGGGGCGACAGCCAGGCCAUCCUCUGCAGCAAGCGCAGACUCCUGCAAGCGAGCAACCGUCUGGACCAGGUCUAUUUUUCCACCACUGGACGCCCCCGAAUCCGUCGUCUUCCUCGGCAGGAAAUCAGCCUCCAACACCCUCAGGAAAGAGCACGCACGGGUCGCCGUUCUCACAGCACGCAGCAUCACAUCUACGGUCAGAGUACCAGAACUCGCCGAAGAAACGGAAGACAGUGAGCGGGCAUGCCGUACCCGUACCUCCGACCUCUCAGCCAUCGGACCCGUCGCAGCCCAUGUCGUCUCGGUCGUCCAGAGAACGAGAAAUGAGCCCGGGGCAUCGUAAUAGGGCGACGCGGCAUUCACGGCAGAACAGUGAUGCCUCAUCCCGCGAACACGAAGUGGGCAGCCGCAACAUUGCUCGACCAAGCAGUCGUCAACAGCGCAGGGAUGAGCUCGGCGGCGGAGCGGGGUCCAGCCCAAGAAGGAAAUUGACGGGGUCCUCCACCAGUGGCUCGAGCGAAGACAGUAAUCCUGUUCGGUAUGAGGGGUUAAAGCGUGAAACGCGGUAA